CUUCGCGUCACCCACUCUCCGCCGCCAUGAUUGUUAGUGGCAGCGCGUGGAGGCUGUGUGAAGGUGAGCAGCUCUCCGUCCGCGGUGAGGAGGAGCCUCGGUCCGGGCAGCCGCCAUGGUCCAGACGUGCUCCGCGUACGGCUGUAAGAACCGCUACCAUAAAGACAAAGACAUCUCCUUCCACAAGUUUCCUCUGGCGCGCCCAGAUGUGGGUGCUCAAUGGGUGGCGGCGAUGAGGAGGAACAACUUCAAGCCAACCAAGUACAGCAACAUCUGCUCGCAGCACUUCAGCAAAGACUGCUUCAAGAGAGAGUGCAACAACCGCGUGCUGAAGGACAACGCCGUGCCGUCGCUCUUCACCUUCAACCUCAGCAUCAAGGCGGAGUCCCUGGAGGAUCCCUUCCCCUCAGAGAUCCACUUCCCUCUGUCGCUGCCCCUGAACUCUGACCCGGUGGUUGAGGAGGAGGAGCCAGGGAGCAGCCUGCCCGAGGUCCGGUGCGACACAGUGGCCGUCUCCUGCGACCACAACUACACGGCGGAGGAUUCUGCUCGGCAGAAGAAGCGGAUGGAGCAGCUGGAGGAGCAGCUGGGGAGUCUGAGGAAGAAGCUGAAGACGACGCAGCAGAAGUGCCGGCGGCAGGAGAGGGAACUCAAGAGACUGAAGGCUUGUGAGGCGCCGAGGGCCGGAGAGGGAUAUGUGAUCUUACCCAAACACAUCUACUACACACUCAAAGGCAUCAAGUAACGUCACGGAGAACACUACAAUCUGCUGGAGCUUCAGCUCAAAAGAGCCGAGAGCUGAAACCCACUUGGGGAACUCAAAUGCAUGUUGUGGGAAACCUGAAUCUGAUUUGGUGGUUACUACAAAGUUCUGUUUGGGCUGCGGUGACAUUACUUGAAGUAAUCUCGCUUUAAAGAAGAUCUAUUAUGCGUUUGCGUAUUUUCAGUUCAUUUCUAACGCCACAAUGUCUAAUAUUCAUCUUAAAUGUGCCCAAAGUGUCAAAUCCGGGGGUGAAUGUAUGUAAAAGUAUGUGAGGCUUCAGACGGGCUUCACUCCUGUUUGUUUUACUUUGGCGUAAAGUACAAGGAGCGACUCCUCAGGACUCUUUCGUCAGCACGGAGACUCAGAAUAUGCUCAGAGUUGAUGUAUGAAGGGCAAACUGUAUUGAUUAUCAGACUAAAUGGCUUGUGAACUCAGUUUUAGUGCAAAGGGCAUAUACGAUAUGCUGAUCUAAUGAGCCGUGUUCUUCCAUGCAUGGCUUGAUCUUUGUGACGAGCGUCUGCCACUGGCAGGAUCAACCUGGUAAAACUGGAUGAAGAUAUUUCACUCAGGAGAGACCGGUCGGAUAAAGAAAGAUAAUUGUUUAUUAUUUACAGAUCUAUGUGAUGAUGAAGUCUUGACGGAGUCUUUGGCGUUUGGACUCUACAGGGAGAUUCUGAUCGGGCCGUCAGAGACCAGAUGAAUCCCCCGUGGAGUCCAGACCUGGUGCUGAUGGGCUGAUAGAAUGAUGAGUUGAUGACGCUGAUGGACCUGAUGAAGACUGGGUGGAGAUGGGGAGGUGGAGCGGUGCGUAACAGCAGCAUGAAUGAACUGAAGGUAGUCAUAUUUAAAAGAGACGGCAGCAAGCUAGCCACUUUGUGCAUUAAUAAUAAUAUUACAUUUUAUUUGUAUAGCGCUUUACAAGCUACUCAAGGUACUUUACAUGGUAAAAACAAACAAUAGAAGAAACAACAAUAUAAACAAACACAAUAAAAACUUACUGAACUAGUAUCACAGACUAAAUGCAGAUUUAAAUAAAUGAGUUUUAAGUGCUGUUUUGAAAGAGUGAUGGAAAAUGUCUGAGGUGAUGGAGGAGAACGUGGCGUUCAAAGGAGAGGGAUCAAAGGUUACAGAGGUGCCAUUGAGGGACAUGUGGCCUUCUUAAGUUCUAAUACAGCGUUUAUGAUGAUGGUGUGUGAUGACCUUCAGGUUGUUUAUGAUGCUCAAUCCCAGGACCUUAAAGGUUGUUCUGAGCACCACUGCAAGGUCAAGGAUUUGCUCUCUAUAUGAAGUCUCCUUGUUUGUAAUCCAGCCAAUGGCGGUAGUGUCACCUGCAAACUCCACUACAGAGUUCUCUUCAUAUCUGGGUAACAGUCUGAUGGAUCUGUUGGCUCUGUAUGCAACUGGUGAGGGUCCAGACUGGAGAACCGGUUCAUCACAGCCCUUCAUCAGAAUAGGGGUGAGGGCCAUUAGACCUUUUAGGUCCAGGAACAAUGGUGGCCCCGUCUGAGGGUCACCACCACCCAACUCCUGGUCAUCCAGUUCAUGCUAAAGCAUAUAUAUAUAUAUGUGUGUGUGUGUGUGUGUGUGUG